CCUUCAAACGUCGCGGCAGGCGAACGUAAUUCAAAAGCAACGAACAAAUCCGCGCUCCAAAACACAGACACCGCGUCGAUGAUGCGUUCGUGCCGCUGCUAGUUAGUGUAAAAAUCCAACCACCGACAAUGGCCAUUCCAGCUUCGAGAGUGUUAAUAAACGACCUGGAAAGCAAAGACGAACUGUAUACAGUGUUGCUGGAAGAGUUGCGUAAAAGUGGAAUCAAAUAUCGCAAGGAAAAAAAUUCCAAAGCGUCCCAGGAUAAAGCGAAAUCGAAAAGAAUCUUCAAAACGCCUUUGCAUGCGCUAGAGCUAACCGAUGUGCUGCUUGCUAGCGGCGGCAUAGUGCAGAUACCGCUGUUUGUGUCGAACGCUUGUCAGUUGAUACUGGAAAAUGUAGACACGGAAGGGCUCUUUCGGAAGGCCGGUUCCAACAAACGCCAGCAACAGAUCAAAGCGGGUUUGGAGUCCGGCAUUCCGUUGGGCAAAUCGCAUCACGUCAUCGACGUCGCUAACAUCAUCAAGACGUUCUUUCGCGAUCUGCCCGAAGCGCUGCUACCAUGCGGAAACGUGCAGGAAGCUCUGAUCCGGUGUCUAAUCGGUGGUGGCAACGACGACAAAGUGCACAAGCUCAUGAUGACCUGUUUGCUUUUGCCACCGCUGACGCUCAACACGCUAGCCUACUUCAUGCAGUUUCUGCAUACGGUGUCGAUGCAUGCCGAUAAGAACAAGAUGACGACGGAAAACUUGGCCCUAAUUUUAACGCCAAGCAUCAUGCCGAUAACGGAAUCGAUUCAGCAGCGAUUUAACAGCCACGUCCGGGUGCUGCAAUUGCUGAUCGAACAUUCCCAGCAGAUUGGACUGAUUCCGGAAGCCAUACUGGGCCAGCUGAAAGACGACAUCGGCAGCAACGCGAGCAUGCUGAUGAGCAAUGUGACGGACAAAAAGAAGAAAAAGCGCCGCAGCGGUUCGCUGACCCGCAUGUUCAAUGGGUUCAAGAAGAUGGUAAGUGCGAUCGGGUCGUCGGAGAAUUUGGACAAAACGGAUGAAAAGUGUGAACAUGAUCCAACUCUAACGAUUGGCACGCCCUGUUUGAGUAAAUCGGCAAAGAAACGAAAGGUAACGGAGGGUAACGCGUUCAGUGCGAAAAAGAAAAAGGAAGUGACCUCCAUGUUGCCGGAUAAUCAUGAUCUACUACCCUGCGCUCCCCUCGUUGUUAAGGAACCGAAAAAAAGCCGAUUAAGUCUCGGAGGUAGUAAGAAACCGAGCAAAGUGGUACAACGUUUGCUGCCGAGCGGGUCAAUACCGUCGAUUGCUGAGGGCAAACCAAUGGAACGGCGUUGGAGCGUAGUUGGUGCACCGUGGGGUCGCAAAAAGCACAACCGCAACAAACCGCCGGAGACGGAUAGCAAAGCAGACGGUGAUUCGGGAGCUAAGACUGAGGAUGAGUUCGAUUCGGAAUCGAGGCGGAAAUCGCUGCUGCUUGCGGGUGGUCGCAUGUCUCCGGUAGUGUCCAUGCCCUGCCUGGUCAGUGUGGACCCACUCUCCACGACGAUGAACAACAUGAACGGCGAGCUGGUAGAGGUGACAGCGGAAGAUGAAGCCGACGGCGAGGACUUCCUCAAGAUCCGGCGCAGCGAGUAUGAAGCGAUCAAAAAGCGGAUGUCGGAUAUUGAGACGAAGUUGUCGAAGGAAUUCACUGCGCUGGUCGGGCGGGAAGACGUGCUGCUGGACAAUGUCGAGGACAAGUAUCGGCAAACGUUGGAGCAGACGGAACCGAUCGAAGCGACCUGCGCCACGACGGAUCAGCUGGCGAAACGACUGAGUCGUGAGCUGAAAAUCCGGCGGAGCGGCGAACAUAAGGUGAUCCGAUCGCCGAGCGCAAGAAAAAUUGGCACCAUUCGUCGACGCAGCCAGGAAGCGGUACGAUUGUCGCGCAACCAAUCGUGGCACAUUGGCAACGGCACGAAAGACUUUUCCGCCGCAGUUGCGAACGGCGCAACGGUGGAUCUAUCGUUCUACACCAAGCCGGGCGGCUUGAGACGUGGCCGUCCGAACACAGUCCAGACUGGCCUGAAGGCCCCUGACUCAUCUACGACGACGUCUACGACCGGCGCAGAUUUGGAGCCGGCUGUGAGGGCGACGGAAAAACAAGCCACCACACCACUUAGGACCAGCUUAACGACCAGUAUGGGAGGAGGAAACUACACGGACGAAGAGAAGGAAGAAAAAUGGGUCAAUGCGGAAAGCUACUUCGAGACGCACAACGUCACCGACGAUAAUGCGUCAAGUGUAAUGGAUACAACGGCCGAAUUUCUCACACCCUGUAAGGUGCUGAUGGAAGAUUACUUUAAGACGCCAGAGCAAACGUCUCGCCGGGCAUCGUUACGAUCCGCUUCAAAGCAGCAGCAGAACGCUUUCUGCACCCCAACACCUUUCGUGACGCGAAUCGACAUCAAUACGCAGGGCAUCAAGACGCCGAUGCUGCCGCCGGUGGUUCCGCCGCGCAUAAAAACACCCGCUCGGACACCGAAACUUCCGCCACGCACGCCGGGCAGCGCGGUACGGCAGCCCGACUCGGCCAGCCUGCUCAAGUCACACAUUACUCCGCUGCAGGAAGCGCAAAGCGGUCGCGCAUCCAUCGCGCGCAUUCGCAGCCAAAAUGCGGGCAUGGUCAUGGCCAAGGCAAAGCUGUUCGAUGGGCUGGUUACGAACUCGGGACACGAUUCCCUAUCCGGAGGUGCACCCGGGAAGCGAACACCGAUCGCCAACCGUCGUCAGAGUGCCAAAUUUCGUUCGGCGACCGUUGCAAUGCCGCUGACCGUUGCCGCGUCCGAAGCGACCGGUGGACUGCCGCGCGAAUCCGGCGUACAUAUUCGCCAGAUACAGAAACUACGGUCAUCCUCGGCACACCAUCACGGCAGCGUACACCGCAGCCCGCGAAAAUCGACCCCCCGAAAGCGGGCGUUCACCAAGUCGACCCACGGCGGUGCGAUAAACCGGCGGGAAAAGCUCCGCCAAGCGACCAAGGGUAGCGGCACGGCCAAUGCACUCGGGUCUGCCGGAGCGACACUGUCCUCCAAGGCGCUACUCAGCUCCCCUCGAAUCGUUCGCCGGCUGCAGGAAAAUAUGCACGAACAUCUUUCUGCCGCGAACGUGAAUGUUGUGUCGCUCUCGCCAAACAUAAAGGGUAACGUAGGGAGUAAACCAGCGCUGGCUUCGCCCAAGAUGACGACACCGCACAUCCGCAAGCAAUUGCUGCGCAACUCACCCAGACGCAUCCUGGCAGCGACGCCAGGUCGGGACAAUCGAAUGCCACACGGCGGCGAGCGAUUUCAAACGCCUCUGAAGGCAACCCCACUAUCCCGUCUAGCGAUCUGUACCGCGCCCGGGUUCGAGAACAGUCCCGACCGAACGCCCCAUACCCGAGCGGCCAAUGUUCGUUGAUGGGGAAGGAAAGGUGUCACACUGUACCAGAUUUUUAAAAAAAUAUCGUUCUAUUAGUGCCAGCGUCAUUUUAAUUUCAUGUAUUAGUUAGCGAGUUUUAAAAAAAGGGUUCAACGUAUUUGCGCGCCGAACCCUGUAAAAAGAGUGCGAUUUUAUUGCGAACAAAAUAUACAUAUUUUAACACGAGA